AUUUGUUAACAUUCCCGCAAUCGAGUCGGGCGCUGGCGUCGCACAGCGCUUAGGCGCUGUGUUUCAGUCAGCGCCCGACGUGUGUAGAGGCUAUGUCUUUGUCUUAAUAGUGUUGCUGCAGCUUACGUGGAUUUUAAUUGUGGAGAACUAUAUAACAAGGGCCACGCGAAUAUAGAUAUUAUCAAGAAAAAGGUAUCUAUGCAUUUGAUGGCAACAGGCAAAACAUUUUUCGUAGGUGGCAGUACUGCAUGAAUCGAAACGGGGGGCUACAGCAGCAAUGAUGGCUUAGCGCCCAAACGGCGUGACGUCAUGGCCAGGGUGCGGGCGCGGCCGGUAAGAGGCUGGACUUGGGCCGUGUGUUGGUUGGCAGGACUGUGCGCUCUGGCCACGGCAGAGGUGUCCCAGCAAUGUCCUCCACGAGGAGAGAUAUCGCCGUGCACCUGUCAAGUGAAAAAGAAUGGACUAGACAUCUUGUGCGAGUUCACCGAUCAGCAACAUAUUAGCGAUGCUAUGGGCAUCCUUAAAGGCAAAUCGCUGGUAAUCUUCUAUUUAAAGCUCCGCCAUAAUAAUCUGCGAAAGCUGCCCGGGUUUGUUUUUCUUGGAUUAGAUAUCCAUCACUUAACCAUACAUAAUAGUAGUUUGUCCGUUGUCGAAGAGGCUUCUUUAAGUUCAAUAGGGAAAAUGUUGACACAGCUCGACGUCUCACAGAACAGCUUAACACAAGUGCCGUCGGCCGCUUACAAAAACCUGCACCACCUCCUGAUUUUAAAUAUGAAUCACAACAAGAUCGGCAGCUUGCACGCCAGAGCCUUUCAGGGACUAGAUACCCUCGAAAUCCUCACGCUUUAUGAAAACAAGAUUACGUCAAUUGAUGCUGAGGCUUUCAUGGGGCUCGAAAAGAAGUUAAAGCGACUUAACCUGGGAGGCAACGGAUUAACGGCUGUUCCCCAAAAAUCUUUGGGUAUACUUGAUAUGUUGAAGAAGCUUGAGAUGCAAGAAAACCGAAUCACCGAAAUUAAGGAAGGAGAUUUCGAAGGCAUGAGAAAUUUGGAUUCUCUAGGCUUGGCACACAACAAACUUCGAAUUGUUCCCUCUCGAGUGUUUUCCCAUCUGACUCUUUUAAACUCUUUAGAAUUGGAUGGCAACAAUAUUGACACUAUUGACAAGGAUGCCUUUGCAGGCUUAGAGGAAAAUCUUCAGUAUCUCAGGCUGGGAGAUAACAACAUUCAUACGAUACCUACGGAGGCACUAAAGCGGCUGCAUCGGCUACGUCAUUUAGACCUCAGAGCAAACAAUAUUUCCUUUAUUUCUGAGGAUGCCUUCGCUGGUUUUGGAGAUUCGAUAACUUUUCUUAAUUUACAAAAAAAUGACAUUAAGUCGUUGAACGGGAUGAUUUUCGAAAAUUUAAAUUCGCUGGAGACAUUAAAUCUACAGAACAACAAGCUGAUGCAUGUGCCAGAAGAUGUAAUGGAGCCCAUUUUAGAUACUCUUCGGGUUGUAGAUUUAAUGGAUAAUCCUCUUUUAUGCGAUUGCGAACUGCAGUGGUACAAAAACUGGCUCCGCAACCUUAAAGACAAAGACGACGAGAUGAUGCAGAAAAAGCGCACGGUUUGCACGAUGCAGCACGAACAUCGCGAGUACAGCUUACAAAGCUUACCCCUGGACAAGAUGAAGUGCAAGAUUAAAUCUUACGAGAAUUCUGCUUACAGUAAUGCCGUGACGCUCCGGGGUGACUUGGUCGCUUGUUUAAUAUUUAUCUUAGCUAAGUUUUUGCUCGUGGUUAGUUAAAAUCGAGGAUAGUCAUGUAGAUGUUUCCGCUGAUAGUUUUGUAGUUUAUAGUGACUAUUUUAAUAGGGUACAUUUUCUUUAAAGUAUACAUUAUUAAAUUAGUCAUAUUAAAUUUAAAAAUGUUACACAAAGAACUAGAUUAUAGUUUUAUAGAUCUUAAUAAUAUAUAACAUUUAACUAUAGAGCAUGAAAAUAGGAUUCACUUCGUUUAUAAAACUAUCUUGCAAUAUUGCUGUAGAGCAUGUAAGUGCUUCUUAUAGAUGUGCGAAUAUAUUAGGCCUUUCUACAGUUUUAAUGAUGAUGGGUUUAUUGGUCUGAAUUAAAUCACUCUUCUUGAAAAGGGUUAGUGUAAAGGCACACAACUAAAAGUUUAAUGAUUUAAGCUAAAACCAGAAAGUUUUUUUAGGUCAGCAAAUAUCAUCAUCAGUAUUUAUUAUAAACAUACGUAAUAAAAAGGAAAUUUGUGGUGUUUGAUCUGGUCUUGCGACAGAAUUAAACUGUACAGAAGGAAUAACGUUUUUUGCAGCUUGAAGCAAGAUAGUGCAAUAGGAUCAGAAAUACGCAAAUACCACAAAUUUUACGGUAAUUUUUAGAUUCUAUUUGGCAUGUUUAUUGCUCCCUACUUGGUUUCAGAUAAAUAAAAAAUUUGUAAAAAUUGUAUUAGUACAUUUAACGCUAGAAAAUUGCAUUAAGUAAUUUAUUUUUUUCUUGAACAAAGGUAUUUUAUGCAAUCCGAGGAAACAGAUCUACUAUAACAAAUAUUUUUAAAAUGUAUUUAUAAAACUGAAAAACUAUUCAUGGCUAUAAAUUUUUUUCCAUAAAAAUUAACUGAAAUCUUCAAAAUUAUUAAUUGUAGAAGUAUCUUCUGACGGUAAGCAAAUAAGGAGUUUAUACCAUAUUGUCAUGUGAGCAUAUUUAUUGAUUCUUGAUAUUAAAGUAUGUUUAAUAUAUCCCUAGAAUAAGAUCCAUAUCUAGAGCACAAUAGGUUUUUAAAUCUUCUCUGAUAAAUUAGUAUGAAAUAUAGUAAUGAAAUCCAACAAUUUGUUUUUAUUUGUUAUCGGGUUAUUUCUUCUUGAAUAUGAAUUUAUGUAAAUGCAAAACUUACUGUUGACUAAGCAAAUAUUUGUUCCUUAUAAUAACAAAAGAAAUUAGUUCAGAUAAAUAUUUCUAGUGAAUGGUUUUAAUAAAAAAAAUGGAAGUCUAGCCCAAAAAAAUAUAAAUAGCGAAAAACUUCAAAGAAAAUAUUAUUUAACCAUCAUUAAAUUCCAGUUCCUUGAACUAAAUCUGACUUAUAAACUGAAAUCACUGUGGCGUAAAUAUGUCAAAUUAGAAUAUUUAAAAUACAUAAAUCUAUUUACGAUAUUUAAAUACAAAUUUUCCCUUUACUGUGUAUUGUAACUGUUCUUAAAAUAUCUCAAUGUGUAGACGUAGAAAAUAAAAGUAGUGACACACUUUUAAAAUAUGUAUUCCUUGUUUCAAAUUUAAUAAUAUUCCUUAUUUAAGCGCAUCCAAGCACUUUAGUGUAUAUUGGAUCAGGCCUAUACAUAUCAUGAAAAAAGACCUUGUAUAACAAAAAUCAUAUCAGCACUCGUGCCACCUAAAUGAUUUCCAAACAUUUUAAUGGAUAAAAAAUGUUAGGAAAUGAGGGUAAGCAGGUAACUAGGUUAGUGAAAAAAUAUAUUGUGAGCCUUGAUAUUCAUAUCAAUGUAACUUUAAGGGUAAUUCAUAUAUUAAAGUUAAUAUUAAUAUUAGUAGUAUUAAGAUUUUAAACCUCUGUGGUCACAAAACUGAGUUAGAUGUUCUGAAUACUGUUUCUGCUCUACACGUACCUUGAACCAUUAUUAAUAUAAUAGAUUUAUAAGUCAAAAUUCAAUUUUAAAAACUUCUAAAUAUAUGACAAGACAACCUUUUUUGGCUGAAAAUUUAUAAAAGGAUGGAUUUUAAAUUAAAUAUUAAAAACGAUUUUUUAAACGUAAUUGGAGCAAUAUCUUAUAUAGUUAUUGAACUUUUUUCCAAACAUAUCAUUAUACACUAUUUACAUUAAAUUUAGACUAUCUGUGGUAAUAAUUAACAUAUCUUUGUAAGAAUUAAGAACAAGAAAAUUUAAGUAUGCAGUUUAGGCGGUCGUUUCAAAAAAUGUAAAUGACGCCAGACCACUUCGAGACAUAUCCGAUUGGGGAACCACAUAAUGUCGCGUUGAAAUGUUAAAAAGCUCAAGAGAAAAAUAUUUUUCUAAAUUUUCUAUUAGCAAAAAGGGUCGUUAUCGGCAUUUCAACGCAACUGUGGUACCCGAUCCACUUUUUUACUCUUUAACGUAUUAUCAUUAAUAUCCAAAAAUCUAUUGGUAUUUAGCAUUCUAUAUCGUAAACAUUUUAUCUAUGAUGUUAAGAAAUUGGCUGUUGUGCAAUAAGUGUCAUACAUAUAUUUAUCCAGAUUAACUAUAUAUUGUUUCUGAACUGUAAUAUUCUAUCUAUAAAUGUCAAAUUCAAUAAAAAUGGCUCUAUGCUGCAAGUAAA